AUGGCCGAAACGACCCCGCUACUAGGUCGCGACGAUCUCGGUGACGCGACGGCGUCUCAGCCGCUCGACCUUGUGCCCAUCUACUCGUUGGUGUUGUGGGUUCACGACAUUAUCACCGACCGGGUCGAAACGUCUCUCAAGUAUGAGCAGAUUAAAACACCCCAAAUUUACGCCUAUCUGAUCAAGCCGAUUGUGGAGGAGUGUAUGGUGACGGUUGGUCCCUGCGAGGAGGAAAACCGAGCCGAAACGCACCCAGACUCGUGCGAUCACGACGAAACCAUCUCGGUUGGUAUCAUCUACUCCCUGCUCGCAAACCAAGUCCAGUUCCUGAGAGAGAGUGACACAGAUGGAGGAGUCCACGGAGGCGUACUGGAGACACGCGCCAUUGUGUGUGAGAUUGUGGCUCUCAAACUGCUGCGUGAACUGCACGAAGACGAUCUCAUCCAGGCUCUCACUUACGACUUCUACCCACUGGCCACAGGCAAGCCAUUCAACGUGAUUCCGCGGUACCAGCGCAUUAGUGCCCUCGAAAUGGCCAUCAAGGCAGGCGCAAAACACUUUCUGGCCCACAGAAUCGUGGUUGCGGUCGUCCAGGAGAUCUGGGACGGAUCUAUCAUGUUUCAAAGCAGCAUGGACAAGCUGCACAGAAGGAAAAAGCCUGACAAUGUGUUCACCCAAGAGCUGGUUGGAUACGGACGAAGGGGUCCAGGCGUCAAAUACUGUUAUGAGGACGCGUCGCUGUUCAAACUGUCACGACUCAGAGUACCCAGAUACAGACACAGUAUUGGCAUAGUCACUUUUGCGGUGCUCAUCGUCCUGUAUCUAGGAGUACUAUAUCAGCAACACAAGCAACUGGGCACUCUAGAAGUAGUCUUUUGGUUGUGGUCAUUGGGGUUUGUGCUGGAGGAAAUCAUCAACUUCACAGAUGCGGGAUACACCCUCUACGUUAUUUCGAUCUGGAACAUCAUCGACCUCAUCAUUCUGGUGUUUCUCGUAUCGUACUUUGUGGUGCGAGUCUAUGCGCUCGCUGUGGCGUCUCCAGACGCAUUUUAUUACUGGAAUGCCCGAGCCUUUGACCUACUUGCCACCGUCGCCAUCUUCCUCUUCCCUCGCAUGUUUUCUGUUCUCGACAACUAUCAGUACUUUUCGCUCAUGCUGAUUGCCGUCAGAAAGAUGACCAUUGAUCUCGUGGUCUCGUCUGUAAUGAUCAUCCUCUUUUCGGCAGGGUUUUGGGUCGCCUUCACCAUGGCGUUUGCACGAGACGUGUUUUCAGCCAAGAAGAUUGCAUACGACCUGAUGAAGAUUCUGUUUGGCUUCACACCCACCGUAUGGGAUUCCUGGAAGUACUACUCGGUCCUGGGCCGUGUCAAUCUCAUGUUCUUCCUAUUCGUGACACAUUUCGUGAUAAUCACUAUCCUGGUGGCUGUUCUGUCCAACACCUUUGCAGCCGUAUCUACCAAUGCUUACGAAGAGGUCAAGUUUUUGUUUGCGGUUAACACCAUCACUAUGAUCAAGUCUGAAUCGUCGUCUUUGUUCUCCUACGCUCCCCCUCUCAACCUGCUGGAGUGGGUGGUCAGACCACUGUACUACGUUCUGCCUCUGCGCCAGUUUCUUGUGCUGAACCGGACCAUCAUCAAAAUCACGCAUGCGCCGAUCCUGUGGACCAUCUUCUUCUACGAGUGCUUGCAUCUGCGCCUCUCAGGGGAGAAGGCUCUCAGAAGACGGCAGAAUGAGAUUAUCAAGCACGAGAUCAUCAAGGGGCAGAACUUUAGAAAGAAGGGCGCCUUGAACUCGUCCACGGCGCCAUCCACCAACGCCAGCUCUACUGCUAAUCUCAACACACAGCCCAGCCAUGAUCUGAGAGCUGUGGUUCCCAACCCAAAUAAGAUCAGACCAAAGCGGUCAUUAUUCAACAAGAUGGCCCACAAGCUGCGCAAGCCGUCCAAGCCGGAAAUCAAGGUGUCCAACGACGAUCUGCUGGACGAAGUGUUCAAGCGGCCAUAUAAGGGCACUGUCCGCAUCAAAAACAACACAGGAACGGUCCAGAUGGAAACCCUGUUUGAUGGACAGGAUGACGAGGAGGAAGAGAACGCCGUGGAUGGAGAAAUUCCGUUGGAGAGAACCACUUCUCGUGUCACUUAUGAGUCUGGAAGACGGACUCACAGUAUGACUUCCAGCUCCAGAUGGAUCCCUACUCGCAUUACUGGAAAUAGAAACACUUCGGGAAGCACGUCUGGAAGCACGAUUUUGCCCCGAAACAGACUGGCCUCUGCCAAUUCGUCUCUCAUGCAACAAAAUCUCGCCAUCAGUCCCUCCAGAACAGUCAACACGGCUCUCUAUCAUUACGACAGCGACAUCCGGUCCCAGGCACUCAAGUACCAGAAACGACAGCAGCUAUUGGACAAGCUGAAGCGCAAGACCUCGAUUGACGACGUGUCUCUUGGCAGUUUGGAUGAUGACGAGGAGGAAGAGCAUGCUGACGACGAUGAUGACGAGAACGACGAUAUCUUGUCGGACGCCCAGCCGGACGGAGAGCUUUUGGACAUGACCGCCAUGUUGGUGGGCCGAAUGGAUGAUCUCCAGGAGAGCAUUCAGAAGAUUGAGCUGUUGCUUGGUCAUUUCAUGGAGAGGUGA